AUGGUCGACACUGACGCAUUGAGGGCGGCGCUCGAGACUGCAACAAACGACCUGGGGGCUGAGCGGAGCGUGCGUUCCCCCGCCUUUGCGCGAAUCAACGACGCGGCACGCUACGUCGCAACCCACCUGCACGAGCGAGAGGAAAUUGAAGCAGCCCUCCCAGUGUGGAAGCUGUGCGCGGGGUUGUGGCCUCUCCUUGCCGACGCGCUCAACCCAUCUGUCGACAAUGGGCCGGUGGAACUGGCAACGGCGCUGGCCAAGUUGGAGCGCAACAUGCUGGCAGGGAGCGUGAGCGCACAGGUGGACGCCUUGCCGAGUGAGCCGGAUAUCCGCAGGCUCAUCUUCAACGUGACGACGUUUGGGCGUAUCGAGGACCCCGAGUUUGCCGAGCUCCAAGGUGUCCUCUCCCAGCUGCUCUGCAAUCUCGUAUCGUCUCGUGGAGGAGCGGAAAGUGAGGCGCUGGCCGACAGCGUACUGGACACUUGGCUGAGUGGGCGGCGGGAAGACGACGUCCUCAUCCGCCUGCUGGACAGCGGGGACGUGCGCGCCAACACGGGCGUGCUCCGACUGCUGAUCAACCUCGCGACGCCAGCAAGGCAACCCCGUCUUGUCAAACCUCCGGCGCUGCAAUGGCUCGCGCGCAUCUUGAACCGACUCGACAGUUGGCAUGGUGACUCUGAAGCGCUCUUCGACCUCGCCGUGAUGCUCUUCGCCACCUUCUUCACGUCCGGUCAUCAGGCCGACCUCUACUCGGCUCUCGCAGUCACGGAAGAGACUGUGACGCCAUCGCAAGUAACACUGCUCAAGCUCCUCGACGCCUACCUCACCCGUCCACAUGUCAACCCAUCCCCCUCCCCCAGCUUGUUUGUCAUCCAGGCGUGGCGCGACACCGCAGCUUACGCAGCGGCAAGCAUGCGGUCAGGCAAGGAUGAUGCUCGCCUACCCUCCGUCCUGGCUGCGCUCGUACUGUGCACCGAGAUCCUCAGCACGGUUGUCCUCGCCGUACAGACACGGACCGACAAGAAGGAGGCAGAGGGCGGGGAAGAGGCCAUGGUUGCGAGCAUGAAAGGCCGCUCUGGUCCCAGCAUCAUCCCCCAACUCGUCGACGUCCUCGCAGCAACGCACGCGUUCCUCCCGCGCAUCAAGCCAACGCCCACAACGGCGGAGGAAAAUGCCACUGCCGCUGUGGGCCAAAUGAGCCAGCGUGAGAUUGAGCACGCCUUUGCCAACGUCAAGCGCGACCUUGUACGUCUGCUCGCUGUGCUGGCAUACAACGACACUGCUGUAGGCGACGACGUGCGCGCGGCCGGAGGAGUUCAACUCGUUCUGGGACUUUGCGAGACGGACGAGCGUAACGCCUACCUCCGCGAACACGCCCUCUUCGCUGUUCGCAACCUCAUGACGGGGAACCCAGCGAAUCAGGCUAUCAUUGCCAAGAUGGAGCCGCUCGGCUUGGUUGGCGAGGACGGCGUGCUCGGCCCACUGCCCGACAAGCUGAAGAAGAGUGAUGCGGCCGCAAAGAUGGCGGGUCGGGGAGAAUAG